AUGGAUCGAGGCACGGCGACGAUGUUCGCGCGCGCGCGCGCGACCGCGCGUCCGGGACAUCGCGCGCGAACAGUGCGCGCGGCGGCGAAAGGGUCGUCCGAAAAGAAACGUGGACGCGCGAAUGAACGCGCGCCGCUCCCGCGGGAGUACGCGCAUCACGCCCCGGGAAGCGUCCAGGAGACGGAUGACGUCGUGCGGUGGGGAUACGCCGAGCCGGAGGCGCGAGAGAAGUGGGCGAACACGGUGAUCACGCACGUGGGCGACGGCAGUCGGGAACCGGUGCGCCUGGGCGUGUGCGUGGGAGAGUUCCACAAUAAACUCAUGGAUCGCAUGCUGGAGGACGCCCGAGUGGCGGCGGAGACCAUGGGAGCGACGAUCGAUCGAGUGAUGUGGGUGCCGGGGACGUACGAGGCCCCGUUGGUUGUUGAGAAUAUGUUGCAGGACCCGACGCUGGACGCGUGCGUGGUGCUGGGAUACAUCGAAAAGGGGUCGACGCUUCACGGGCAGGAGAUGGGGUCGACGUUCUCCAUCAUCGCGAAACAGCUCGAGUUGGAGUACGGGAAACCGGUGGGUAUGGGGAUCAUCGGUCCGGGGGCGACGGCGGAACAGGCUGAGGAACGCGUCGCGUACGCGGGCAACGCGGUGCGGGCGAGCGUGCGCAUGGCGAGGACGUUCACCCCGGCCGAGGCCGAGGACGACGACGAACGGUGA